CAUAUUAUUUCUUUCCCCAGUUUCAGAAUAUCAGGACUUUCUCUGGAGAUAGAGAGAGAGAAUGGAAGAGAAAUCUGCGACUAGCCUGCGGUGCCAACGCAUCGGCUGCAACGCCAUGUUCACCGAUGACGACAAUCCAGAAGGUUCCUGUCAAUUUCACGAUUCUGGGCCUAUUUUCCAUGAUGGAAUGAAAGAGUGGAGCUGCUGCAAGAAAAGAAGUCAUGAUUUCAGCUUGUUUUUGGAAAUUCCGGGGUGUAAAACCGGUAAACACACAACAGAAAAGCCAGUUAUAGCCAAACCAGCUCCAAAGCAGCCGGUCGCCAUUCCACAUUCAUCUCCAGGCGUUAAUUCAACGACCAAAGAGUCAUGUUCCAGGUGCAGGCAGGGUUUCUUCUGCUCUGACCACGGUUCCCAAACUGGCCCGAAACCUCAGAAAGCAGCAAUGACACCGAGGGAAGAAGAAAAUGCAGAGCCAGAGCUGGCCGUGAAGAAGAAAGUAGGGAUGAAUGAGCCGCAAGUAUGCAAGAACAAAGGAUGUGGGAAGACGUUCAAAGAGAUAGAGAAUCAUGAGACAGCGUGUAGCUACCAUCCAGGACCCGCUAUCUUCCACGACAGAUCGAGAGGGUGGAAAUGCUGCGAGGUUUAUGUGAAGGAGUUCGAGGAGUUCAUGGAGAUACCUCCCUGCUCGAAAGGUUGGCACAACGCUGACCCUAUCGCUUGAUCCAUUUGGUCCAAUUGUGAAAUUUCUCUGUCAUUUUUGCCUUUUUGUUCUUCAUUUUUCCUCCGCCUAUUUGGAAACGCUAUUUGUAGCGGACACUCGGUUUGUCCCUUUGUCUUAAAUGUGAUCGAAUCUUAUUCGGAAACUCA